AUGUCGAAUUCCCCUCGUUCUGGUGCUAAGUCCCAGUUAAUAACGAAUAGGGGUAUUCUAUCACAGAUCAAUCCAGUUGUAAGAAAAAAAUCAAAAGCUCGAAAUAUUUUGGUUCCUCCUGAGUGGGAUGCGAUGACAUCAAAAGCAUAUCGACUCUUAGUAGGUCCAAAAAUAUCAGAUUAUGUCGAAAUACCUAAAGAAGAAGAAAGUAAUGAACCUAAACCAGACAGAAAUACUCCAAAGAACGUAAACGAUCCGGAAAAAUUAUUAGCAAAUUUAUACCCAUCAAGACUUGGUGAGGAAUUCAAACCAUCAGAAGUUACAAUAGAACAACUCGAUGCAUUAACUUUACCAAACGAUUUACUUGUUCAAGUUCUUCCACCAGGAGUUCCACCAAAAUAUGAUCUUUUAUUAUUAUCACAAAAGAAGAAAUCGAUGAAAAAGCCUACAAUCAAAAAGAAACCGCUUCCUGACUUACCAGUUUCACUAUAUACUGAUGAUACUUUGGAUCAAGUUCCAACAACUAAGAGUUCUUUUGGUCUUAAGAGUUCAAUGAAGCUUCCAAUGUUUCAAGAGGAAGAAGAGGAGGAAGCUCCUCCAACACCGCCUCAACCUGUCGAACAAAAAGAUGAUCAUAUCAAGAAACAAAGGACAAUUGAAGAAAUUGAAGCAAAAUUACAACAGAAAAAGCUUAUACGUCUCAGAAUGUAUUUCUAUGUCCUGAGAUGUUGGGCUUGUUACAACAUAAACGCGAGAGCAAAAUCUGUUUUCAUUACAGACGUCGAUAACUCACGUUUACUUCUACAUUACAUCAGGCAUUGGAAUGACUAUGUCCAAAAGCAACUCGUUCUCAGAAGAUGCCGUGCAAAACUCGAAGAAUAUAUUCAUAACCAAAUGACAACGAAAAGCUGGCAAAUCUGGAAGACCAAAGGCAAGAAAGCCAUCAAACAUGCUCAUAUUGCAGCACAAUACCUUGAAAUUCGAAAUCAAAAUUUACAAAAAACAUUUUUCAGAUUAUUCAAAGAAGUUACAUACAGCAAGCGCAUAGUACAGCGUGAAAUCAAGAAAUUCUACAGAUUCAAGCCCGACGGACCGUUUACGGAAGUAAAUCCUUAUUAUACCCAAAAAAGAGCUCUGAAUGUUAAAGCUCUCCACCACAAUUUCAUCAAGCGCUCACCCCCAAUCAUAAAAGCCUGGAAAGCGCAAGUCGAACAGCACAAGAAGGACAAACAACAGUCAGGAAUGGUCCAUGAUAUAAUUAGACGUGUCACUUUUCAUCAAUGGUUUGAACUUUACAAAGAUCACUUCCAUCAUCGUGUUUUAUCUGAAGUCAGACGUGUUUCUAAGAUUUCUCUUCAGAAGAACACGCAAAAGGAACGUGAUACAAGCGAAAGAGUUGAGAAAACAGUGAUGAUUCAACUUGUUCACGACAGAAACAUUUUGAAUGCAAAAUUGAGCCAAUUCGAUCGUCUCAGCCAGAACCACAAAGAAGCUGUUAUCAGGAGAACUCAGCUUCGUGGUGAAAUCGCAUCAACAACGAACAAAUACUUUGUUCGACAGGAAGAACUCAGUCUUGUCGACAGUUUCAAACAAGCGGACGAAGUGGAGAAGAAAACAAGAGAAAUCAGAAUGCAGUUGGCCGAAGGUUUCUUGUUCCAUCUCGGAAGAGCUGUCCGAAGUUACGACAACCAAGUUGUUGCUCAUGAAUUCUGCCUUGCGUUCCGUGUUCUUUCAAAUCCAAUUGUUGAAAAGGCUGUUGGAUACUUCUACGAGAAGAAACACAUAAAGAACCUUCUCGCGUCAACAGUCAGAGCUAGAAAGAGCCUCAAACAAGCAACAACAUGUGUCAAAAUUUACCAUCAAAUGUUUGGUUGGAAUUUGUGGCGUUCUUUCAUCGAAAAGGUGAACGCAAACAGAUCGAAUGGCAUCAUGUCAUCAAUUAGAAGACGCACACAGAUCAUGCAGUUGUAUCCGUACUUCAACUGGGUAGAAGUCCUUCCUGUCAGACCUCCAAGGCCAUUGAAGGAAGUUGAGCAAAUGUUCAAAGAUUUGCCAUUGGUUUCGAUACAGAGAAAAGUUGCAAGAGAAAGAGUUCAUCACGUCAACGUGAGAAUGAUGCUCAUGCAGAGAAGAAUGCUCAGAGAUUUCAUCAGAGCAUACGCUUCUUAUGUACAAGAACAGAUUGCAACACGAACAGUCAUUAUGUUGUUGAAGAAGAAACAACAAUUGACUUUGACAAGGAAAGCUUUCGCAGCGUUUAAAGCUACUGGUGAUAAGGUUGCGGAAGAUAUUCCAAAUGCAGAAGAACAAGAAAUAUCUGCUAACAUCACUGCAUGGUUCAGACAUUUCUUCAGAGAAAGAGCUAGACAGAAAGUUGUUGUCAAGAAUAUGCCUCUUUCUUAA